CCUAUUCUGACGUGAUGAUGCAUGGUAAUUCUUCUUGCCCAGGCACGCAAUGAUCAUGUACAACGGCACGUUCCCCACGCUGACUUCGAAAUGGAGGAGAGUGUAUUUAUCAGAUGCCGAAGAAGAACUAUUUUAGCAAGGUAAGCCAAACGAAUCGGUUUUCCACUUCUCACAUCCAUCAACAUCAUGUCUCCUGCUACCUCUGUUCAAGAAAUCCCACCGUGGGUACCCCCAAAGCCCACAAAACAAGAUGAUAUCGAAUGGGCACCAUUAAAUACUCUUGAUCUCUCCAGGGUGACAGGAGAUAAUUUCACAGAAGUACCUGAUGAUCUGGUCAAAACGGUCGGUGAAGCAUUCCGUACGAGUGGAUUCAUGUAUGCUGAAAAUCAUGGUUGGACAUACGAUCAAGUUUUGCGUCAAUUCGCCGUUGGACAAUACGCCUUCGAUGGUGUUGCACCAGAAGACAAGGAUAAAUACAAGGCUGAUAUCAUUAAAUCGGGCAGCUUUGUCGGAUACAAAGCUCAAGGUCAUUGGAGAUUGGAUGGCGUACAAGACAGAAUUGAACAAUUGAACUUUGGCUCUACCUCAUUCUCGCCUGAGAAUAGCAAACGUCUUUACCCCGAAUCCCUUCAACCUUUCAUUCCUGAAAUUCGUGAAUUUGCCCGUUUCAACCACGGUGUCAUUCUGCGAAAGAUCCUUUCCGUUCUCUCUCGUGUUCUCAAAUUGCCUGCCGAUACAUUGUGGAAAUUGAGCGAAAACCCAGAAGAGAAGGGAAUUGAUCUUUUACGUUAUGCCAUGUACCACACUCCCACAAAGGAUGACGAUAAGGCCUUGGGUGGUGUGCGUUUGCAGGGUCACACAGAUUUCAACAGCGUUUCCAUCCUUUGGUCUCAACCGAUUACAUCUUUGGAAGUUCUGAUGCCUGAUGACAGAUGGAGAUUGGUUAAACAUCGUGAUAACGCAUUGGUGUUGAACUUGGGAGAUGCAAUGCAUUUCCUAAGCGGUGGCUAUUUCAAAGCUACAAUUCACAGAGUUGUUGCACCACCAGAAGAUCAAGCAAACUACGUUCGAUUGGGUAUGUUCUACUUUGCCUUGUUCAAUAAAGACGUUCAAUUGCGUCCUUUGAUCGAAUCGCCCGUUGUCGCUGAAGCAUACAAGGAUAAGAACUUCUGGGCUGAAGCUGAAUCAAAAGGAUUGCCCAUCCCCACUGCAGGCGAAUGGGAAGCCGAACGUGUUCGCCGAUUCGGACAACAACAAGCCAGGAAGCGUGACGAUGGACACGAUGAAGAGGAAAUCCUUGGAGGAGCUGCAAAGAUCACUCUCUAUAACACCAACGAAAAGAACCAGCGCACACCUUUACAAAUUCAGAAAGACAAAGAACGUGAAGCGGCCGCAAGACAUGUCGCAAUUUCCGCUUAAUCUUUGCUUGCUUUCCGUCUGAUUCCAUAGCAUUGCGCUCGUAUCCCAUUUGUAUUCUUUAUUCAACAUCUUCUUUAUCUUUAUGACAUGAUGACAAUACAGUUCAAAGCGGCUCAACCUGCAGUGAACAUUGUACAUAUU